AUGGAUUCACUUCCGAAGAACCUUUUACCGGACGAGGCAAGCCCACCAUGGUUAAACAAAGGAGACAACGCUUGGCAGCUCACUGCCGCCACGCUAGUGGGCCUGCAGAGCGUGCCAGGUCUGGUGAUCCUUUACGGUAGUAUAGUGAAGAAGAAAUGGGCUGUGAACUCGGCGUUCAUGGCCCUCUAUGCUUUUGCGGCAGUUCUAAUCUGCUGGGUGUUGUGGGGUUACCGCAUGUCAUUUGGGAGCAAGUUCAUUCACUUCCUAGGGGUGCCAAACCUGUCUUUAGACGAGAAGUUUGUUUUGGAUCAGGCAUUUCUUGGGUAUUUGCCUAAUGCCACAAUGAUUUAUUUUCAGUUCGUGUUUGCCGCAAUCACGAUGAUUUUGAUAGCCGGAGCAUUGCUUGGGAGGAUGAAUUUUCUAGCUUGGAUGUUGUUUGUGCCGCUUUGGCUCACGUUUUCAUACACCAUUGUUGCUUAUAGUAUAUGGUGUCCUGACGGGUGGCUGUCCGAGAUGGGUCUCAUUGACUACUCCGGAGGCUAUGUCAUCCAUUUGGCUUCUGGUGUUGCUGGCUUCACUGCUGCUUUCUGGGUUGGGCCAAGGAUAGCAAAAGACAGAGAGAGGUUUCCACCAAACAACAUCUUGUUGAUGUUGGCAGGAGCAGGCUUACUGUGGAUGGGAUGGACAGGAUUCAACGGCGGAGAUCCUUACACUGUCAGCACUGACGCAUCUCUUGCCGUUCUCAACACCCACGUCUGCACCGCUACAAGUUUGCUCACCUGGCUCAUCCUUGACAUUCUUUUCUUCGGGAAACCUUCGGUCAUCGGUGCCACCCAGGGCAUGAUUACUGGCCUAGUUUGCAUCACGCCCGCUGCAGGAGUAGUUCAAGGAUGGGCAGCUAUCCUGAUGGGGAUAAUGUCAGGUAGCAUGCCAUGGUUCACCAUGAUGGUGCUGCACAAGAGGAUAAAGUUGCUUAAACAAGUCGACGACACCAUGGCAGUGUUCCACACUCACGCCGUGGCAGGCUCCCUGGGCGGUGUCCUGGUGGGAUUCUUUGCAGAGCCCAAGCUCUGCCGGAUCUUUUACUUGGUAGACAACUGGGAGCACUACAUUGGCUUGGCCUACAGCUUGCGAGACGGGCGUCCAGGCGCUGGGUUCAAGCAGAUGGGGAUCCAGAUGCUGGGAAUUGUCUUUGUGGUGAUUGUCAAUGUGGUGAUGACCAGCAUCAUUUGCGUGUUGAUCAGGUUUGCAGUGCCACUGAGGUUGGCGGAGGAUGAACUGCAAACUGGGGAUGAUGCCAUUCACGGAGAAGAAGCAUAUGCAUUGUGGGGAGAUGGGGAGAAGUACGAGUCGAGGCACAAUUCUGUUUACGGCGUAGAUGAGUUCCCUGUCGCACCGCCUAGUAAAAUGGGUGAGCUUGAAAUGGCUUGA